GCUGUCAUUGUUGUUUUUUUUCUCUCGUCAAGACCAGCAGAAAUUUUUUGAACCGCAUAAAAAGUGGAAAAAAAUCUUUAAAAAUCCCAAGAAUCCAAAGGAAAUAUAAAAGUUUGUUUUUAAUUUCCCCUUGAAUAAAGAAUUUUUAAUAGAAAACCGUACAACUGAUUAAAAAUAGACAAUAUUAUUAACGUUUCUAUGGCCUUAAAUGGAGUCUUCUUCGACAGCCAGUUUACCCCAGAUGAACAGUAUAACAAACAUUGCCUCAUCCUCUACACUAAAUGCAUCACCCUCAUUUGAGGAUGAAGCCAUGGUACAAUGUCCCACAUGUGAUGCCAAAUUACAUCGUUAUGAAGUGGCCAAACAUUGUGAAGAAGAAAUGCAACGCCUGAAAGAACUACAGACACAUGCCCUCAUAGAAUCUCGCAUUAAACCCGAAGAUGAUGAUAGCACUCCACCGGAGGCUGACGAGGCGGGACGUUCCACGUCAAAUGGACAGUCUUCAUCAGAAAAACGUAAACCUUGGACUGUCUUUCAGAGAGUGCAGAGGAAUCGUCAGUCACGCAUGAAGCAACGCAAUCGAAAACGACCAUUGGCUCCCGAACAUCCAUGUCCUGUAUGCAAUUUACAUUUCCCACAGGAUGAAAUACAACAACAUGCCGAAGACUGCCUAAGGCGAAGCAGACGUACUGCCAAUGGACGCAGUAAUAGUGAUGAACAUUCCAGUAAUGAUGACGAUGAUGUGGGUGGUGGUGGCGAAGAGUACGAGGAAUACGAAUGGGCGGGACAAAAACGUAUACGAGUUUCUAGUCUACUGCAGGGCGGCUAUGCUGCUAUAGGCAUUGGCCAGCCAUUGACAAAUGGCAGCAGCGUGAGUAGUGGGCAACGUUUAAAUGGCCACCAAGAUGAGGACGAAGAUGAUGAAGAUCUUAAUGUUGAUGAAGAUGAUACACAAAUCUAUGGACCAGCACAAUAUGGCGAAAGUGAUGUUAUACCAUCACAUAUACUCAAUGAAGAUGAAAGUGAUGUGACUUCCUACAUGAGACGUUUAAUAACAAACGGUUCAUCAUCACACACACAGUUGGUCACAAAUUUAGAAAAUACCCACCACCAACGCCACAAUGACAACUUAAGUUCACCACAACACAUCUUAGGCGGGAGUGAAAUGACAACAACAACAACAACAUCGGCUGUAACAACAGCUCCUGGUGUAGUAGAGACCAACACUGAAACUGCCGUCCAGCCCUCAACACCUGCUCAUUAUCAACAAAUUAUAGACUCUUUGAAGGCCAAACUAAGGCAUUAUGAACAGCAGCAUGUUCCGGGCAAGUAUAAAUGUCUCAUUUGUCUAGAUGAUUAUCGUAAUCCCGCCAUAUCGGUGGCUUGCUGGCAUGUGCACUGCGAACAAUGUUGGUUACGUUCCUUGGGUGCCCGCAAACUGUGUCCGCAAUGUAAUUUGAUAACAACUCCAAAAGAUUUAAGACGUAUUUAUAUGUAAGCAAAUACCUAACUACAUAAAUAAGUAAUGUAAAAUGAUAUUUGCUUCUUAAAUUAUUAGAAUAUUUAAAUAAUAAUUGUCAGUUUUAACGGGUAUGUUUUACACAUCCAUAAAGCUUGUUAGAGAGUUUAUUUCACUUCACUUUUAUUAUGUUAUAUUACUAUCCAUUUAUUUCACUAACAAGCCUUAUGUACAUGUUUAACUUACCGGCUACUUUUUUUAAAGCA